UUCUAUCACCUGCCACGUUAUUACUUCCCCUCCUCUGUGUCUUUCUUUCUUAUGGUUUAGACUACCAUUUGGUGUCUACUAAACAUAAUCUUAAACGUUUUCUCUAUUCUCUUUGUUUUUCUAAGCAAUGGUUCUGAAGGUUUAUAAUGUCACAAAAUUCUUAGAUGACCAUCCUGGUGGGGAUGAUGUCUUGUUGUCUUCCACAGGGAAAGACGCCACUGAUGACUUUGAGGAUGUUGGUCACAGUAAAGGUGCUAGAGCCAUGUUGGAUGAUUUAUAUGUUGGAGACAUUGAUCCAUCAACCAUCCCUACCAAGGUUCAGCACACUCCUCUAACACAACCUCAAAAUAAUCAGGACAAGACAUCAUCAUCAUCAGACUCCAUGACCAAGAUGCUCCAGUUUCUACUUCCCCUGCUUAUCUUGGGUGUUGCGGUUGGUAUUCGUUUCUACAACACCAAAUCUACAUAGCCACUUAAACUGCAUGAGCACUUGAAUUUUAUUCAAUCCUUACUUUCAAAUUUAGCUUGUUUUGUUCUAUGGAACUACCAUUAUAUGGGAUCAAUAGGAUAAACCAUUAUGUUUUCUUUGUCACUGUCAUUUGUUGUUGAAUUUCUGGUUGUCUUACCCUCUCCUUGAUAAGCUACCAGAACCAUUUUCUGCUAUUUGAAGUUUUGGUAGUUUUAGAAUUUGAAUUGUAUGAGAUUCUGGAUACACUAAUAAAGUUAUCUUUUGGAAAGUA